AACCGUAUGAACAAAUAAACGUAACCUCACUAAUCUUGUUCUUCAUCGCAACUGUAAACGAGCAUAUUUUGCUCAUUUAGUGCCCAAAAGAUGGACAAGCAAUUAAUUUUAGAGUUAGAAAAUGCUGCCACGAUAAUAAUGGCCGCGCCGAAUUUAGUUACCAAUGAACAAAGAAGAGUUGCAGAGUCAAUUAUUCUCAAUUUUCGUAAGACCAAAUCACCAUACAACAUGUGCAAGCAUCUGCUAGAGACGUCUUCAAAUGAUUAUGUUAAAUUUGAAGCUGGUGAGGCAAUAAAAUGUGCUUUGAUUCGUGAGUGGUCAUAUCUCAAUGAGACUGAUAUUUUGCAACUUAGAGAUUAUUUAAUGAAUUAUGUAUGCACCAAAAGUUUGCCCUCAUUUGUACAAGAACGCCUGCUGCAGGUGAUUGCAAUCAUGGUCAAGAGGGCAAGUGUAGAUGAUUUUGGUCUGGAAAGGAGAAGUAUUUUACAAGAUGUAGAGAAUUUAAUCAUAAAUUCAGACACAAAUAAACAAAUAUUGGGUUGUAAGGUAAUAAUAAAUUUAAUGCAAGAAUAUGCAAUAACAAUAAAAUCAACCGAUGUUGGUUUGCCACUUGAAGUACACAAAAAAGCAAAGAUGCAAUUUGAAGCAACUGACUUGAAGCGCAUUUUUCGAUUUUGUCUCACUGUGUUAUCUGAAGUGACGAAGAAUGAUCCGCCAUUUGCACCGAAUGUGACUUCACUUUUAGAUCACAUCUUACGCAUUUGCGAAACUGUUUUAACUUGGAAACGUGCAAGAUUGUCAGCGAGAUUUGUUGAAUUGGAAACCAGAUUGACACUUGGCAUAUCUUGGGCGGAAAUAAUGCUCUCGCCAGACUUAUUGCCGCUUAUGUUCCAAAUUUAUUGGAAAGUGCGCGAUCUGGAUGAGCUUAGUAAUCAUGCGAUGACGUGUCUAGUACAAUUGGCUUCAUUAAAUGGCGGUAUAUUCCAGAAUGCCAAUGAAUUAGAGUAUCUGGCUUUAUAUAUGGAAAACUUUUUAAAGUUAAUAACUUGUGUUACUAUCAAAUCAAAAGAAUCGGUGGGAGUAGCAAAUAUUGUGUUGAACAUUCGUUUGUCUUUUGUUAAAGACAUUUUGCGACUCCCCAUCAGCUUACAAGUGUCAUAUUUUGAUGAAAUAACUAGACUUACGUGUUUUUUCAUUGAAGGCUCUACUUUAGAAGAAAGUACACCCAAUGGAAAUUAUGCAGUUGCUUUUGAACGCAUGUUUGAAGCAUGGACACUAAUGAUAGAAGAGUACAAAGGUCAAUCAGAUGUUUUUAUUCAAUCGGCUGUGCAAUUAUUCAAUACAUAUUUGGAGUUUCAUUUGGCUCCACCAGAAGGACAAAGACCUCGUGAGGUAGAUGAGGUUGAAGAGGACGAAGACAAUGAUCGCAUUAAAUUUCAAGAUAACUUACAAGCCAUCGGUUUGUUUGGACGUGUUGCACUAGAUCAUUCAUUGCCAAUGCUCAUUAGAUUAUUAGAAGUACGGAUUGUUAAGCUUGGCAGCCAUCUUCACAGCAUGACGCAACAGGCAAUGAAUUACGAUGAUUCUGUGGUAUUGGACAAUCUUUUCGAAGACUUGCACUGGUUGCUUCUGAUUGCAGGACAUACACUCUGUAUGGACAGCGUUGGCGAAACACCGCUGAUACCAUCGGAAAUAAUGAUGCAUUCUAUAGAUAAGUGUACAAAAGGCGAUGCCGAUUUGGAAUCAACACUGAAGACAAUGGCGAGUGUGCGAAAUCCAGGUGUAAAUAUUGAUUGUCUUGAUAAAUGCGAUCAAGCUAUUAGGAUAUUCAGCGACGUUUUGUGCUUAUGCACAAUGGAGAAACAAGCGAAUGAGAACAAUCUUGGUGCGUUUAUGAGUCCCGAAGUGGGCUGCACACUUAUGUGGUUUUUGAAGCGAUGGUGCCUUUCGUAUCUCCUGCCUACUGAGACUUAUUAUAAUGAAUUUAGUCCUACUUUGAUUGGUGCACUGGGCAAGGACACUGAUGGUGCCACAUUUGUAACAAACUUCUUGCUAGAGAAAAUUCAAUCCAAUAUGUUUUACUGUAAGGACGAAGCCGUACUGCUACGUGAUACAGUGGAUACAUUCACCGAAAUUGUUGGAGUCGCAGAUAAAUCCGAAUACAUAGUCAAAUCCGAAGGUUUAUGGAAUCUGAUAAAACUUCAAGCUACGAUUUUGCCCGGAGUGUUGCCUACAAAUAUUCGAAAAGAAUUGUUCAAAGGAUUUAUCCUCGCGGGUAGUUGUCUAACGCGCGACAGCGAACGAGAUGAUUUCUACAAGCAAAUUCUAAAACCAGUAGAGCAGCGCCUCAAGGAAAUUCUGUGCCAAGAAAACUUGAACCGCAUUUACCAUCAAGACCACAUUAAAGUUGAGCUGAUCGACAUUGUCGAGAAACUUAUCGGCAUCAGUCAAGGCAGUAAGAAACCCACGAUUCCUCUCGUGUUUGAUUUUCUGUCGCCGAUAUUAUCCGAGCUGCCGGUUAUACUUGGAAUGUAUCAUAAUUAUCAGGUAAUCGUUCAAUUAAUACUCGAACUUUUUGGACAGUGCGCCAAAAACAUGCUCUGCCACUUAGACAAUUUCGCCAGUAAGCGACUCUAUGAGAGUACCUAUGCCAUGGUGCAAACCUACGCGAAAUACAACCAAAACCGUUUCAGUGCAGACGCUUCCGAUGAAGAGGAUAGUUUGGAAGAUAUUAGUUUAUUACUAAGUUUACUUUCGCACGUUCUGUGUAAAGACUGGUUAGAUUUAGGUUCGUUGAGCACCAGCGAAGAGAAUCCCCUCAAGGCAUCCGAUGUCGCCAUGUACGGAUUACAAUAUUUAAUGCCGUUGAUAACCAUUGAGUUGUUACGAUAUCCUAAACUUAGCUUACAGUUCUACCAAUUUUUAGUACUGAUGAGCGAUAUGUAUCCCGAGAAAGUGGUGGCUAUGAAUGAUGAUAUGCUUACGAAGGUAAUGACGUUAAUUGAACUUGGCAUCACCAAAUUUCACGCCGAUGUGGUUCAAGUGUGCCUUGAUUUUAUCGAAACAAUGGCGACGAAUGUCUAUCAAUAUCAGCUCACCAACAGUAAGUUGUAUCAGUUGCUACGUCCGUUUCUCAGUUUAAUUCUGGACCUCACACUAACGCAACAGAUUAAUUCGGAGCAUAUUAGCUCGGUUAGCACUUGUAUAUUUGCUUUACACUGUAUUUUCCCGGAUCAGUAUCAGAUGCUUGUCCAGGGAUUGAUUCAGAGUCAGAGUGAUGAGCGAGUGGCGGAGCGUUUAGCUGUCGAAUUUAACAAAUUACAUUGGCAGCGAAAUGUUGAAUGCAAUCCGACGCAAAAAGUGCAAUUUAUGCGACAAUUUGAUAAAUUUAUCGCCAAUGUGCAUGGAUUUUUACUGAUUAAGUGACUCUUUGAUUUAAGUUGGUAUCUUUUAUACUUUCAUAACAUACAGAAUACAGAAACGCAAGUACAA